AUGAGUCGGAGGUCGAGUGUGAGCAGUAGUGUCAGCACCAGUGCUAGAUCUGGCGUUGAAGAUGAUCCUUUGAUGCGAGAUUGCUAUGAUUUGAGACGAAGAUUGCUCCAGACCGAACAGUCACUGCAAAGUUUGAAUCCACCACAUGCGACAAACGGGUAAGAAUUUUCAUUUAUUUACUUCGCACUCACCCCUAUAAGGAAUAGAUAAAAUGAAGUUACAGUAGCAGCUCAGUAAGCUCCUUUUGUUCAUCCAUACGAUCAUUUCCAAACAGUUAAUUCUCAUUUUGCGAUUGGACGUCCUGCAGUGAAUCACAAUCGUGAGUUUAUCACUUAUGGGCCUUCGUUCGCGAUCAUUAGGAGUCAUUUGUACUAGAAUUUGAUGGAAGGGAAAUUUUUGAGUCUUACUGUGUCUCUAUGUAGCUCUUUUAAAAGGAAAUAACAUUCGAUGCCAUUCCUAAUUGUUGAUUCGUGCGAGAGUGGUAGUCGCUUAUUUACAAGAGCUUUAGAAGUUUCUACUCCUAAUCAAUGCCGUGUAAACAAUCACGUUACACACGUUUUGAUUUUAUUUUGAUCAAGGUUCUUGGAUUCUGACUAAAUUAAAGUAAUGGCGGUAUUUUAUAUUAGUUGCUGUGUUUGACAGACAAAACAAAAAGAGGACUGAAAAGAAAAUUCGUGUCUUAGUGAAAUACUAACACGAGACAAUGCACAUGUUGUCCGCGUUCCGAAGUUGGUGUGUCGUAACCAAGGGUACGAAGAAUUGACAAAGCUCGAAAGUGUACUAUGUUUUCCUUUGAUUACUUAGAAUUUGAUUUUUUCGACAAGGUGUUGCAAUUUUCCAAUCUUACGGAGGAAAUUUCCGUAGAUUUAUCGUAAAGACUUCGGAUUACCUCCGAAGAUAAGCUGUGCAAAACAGUCAGGGUGAUAAUUGUUUAAUCAACAAAUUUUGAUGUUCGCUGUUAUCAUAGUAAAGUAUUUGCCUUCUUCACGAAGUCAUCGCUGAUCACACAGACAUGAACGUUUCAUGGUCCUUCAAAAGGAUCAAUGCAUUUUACAGCUCUGACUAAUGUUUUGAAUAUGUCCGCUUUUGAAAUAUUUCUCCAGAGGUUAAAUGGUCUUGUUAAGGUGCACCCAAACAUGUAAUUGUUAUUUAAUUUAGACACGUCUGCCUUGAUCAAAAUCGUAUAAUUUUUUUUUUGAAAGAUUAGGCUAAAGGGUUAAUUUUUGUGAUCCACUGCACUCUUUCAAAGCGAAAAACAUACUAACAGGGAAUUUUAUGUUGUCAAGAGCAGCACUGGAUCUUGUUGACAACUGAAUUUUGAAGGCUAAUUUUUACUGUCUUAUCUAAAUAAAUGGAAGUGUUUGUCAAGAAGUGACAUUGAUUUCUUUAUGAUAAUAGCUCAGGAAUCUAUUUACUAUCAGUGAGUAUUUUCUGCCCAGGUUAGAUUAUGAUGUGAGUUUAUUCAUGUUUGAGCUCAUUUCUAGGUAAGAGAAAGACAUGAAUUUGGAAUAUACCACAAGUAGAUUUCAGUAUGUGUACCAUUCAAAGGAGAAGUUUGUCAGUUUUGAAUACAGCUAUUGUAGUUAUAAGGCCCAGUUGUGACACUGCAAUUUGCAUACUAAACCCUAUUUCUUAAGUGAGGUAUAUUUAAUAUAAAUUUGCCAUGAUCUAAACCUUGGUUGGUAUCUCACAUGAUUUACUCUGUUUAACAACUGCAUCGCUUUAAGUGAAGGUUGGGUGCCUAAUACAUCCAGGAGCUUCCACUAUUGGCAGCCAACUCCUAGAUAGAGAUUUCUCCCAUGGCUGGCAGAUUCUGGCAACCCAACCACGAGCCCCCAUACAGGAAAGGGAAACAGGCACCCAUCACACUAAGUAAACAGUGGAAAGAGGGAGGGAAGGGGUGGGGAAAACUGCCUGGACAAUGAGCUGCCACAAUGCUGCAAGUUCACACUCAAAGCACAGGCAAGAACACUUCAAAGAAAGUACACAUAGAAUUCCAACACAUACAUGUGCAUGUGCAAAAAAAACCACUGACUCAUAGAGAAUGUAGAUGCUCUUUAUUGUCAACUCUGUUAAAUUGCAUUCAACUGCAUUAAAAUGUUAGCUAGUGUCUUUCUUAUAAUAAGUUGAAUGAUACUGACAUCAUGAUUGGUUUUAACUUGUGAUCUAGUGGAGGAAAGAUAUACAGAGGACGUCACCAUUUGCUUCCUUGUUACAUAAAACACAAAUAGAUUCCAUGUCACAGUGUACAUGUAUCUGUUGAGUAACAAAUCGCAGAUGAUGUCAAAAUGUGGUAAGAUUACCAGUGACAUGCUGGUAGACAUAGAGCAACAUGGUAUCUAUUUAUGUCUAACUAUUCUCCAUUAUAACAAGAACAAGGUCAACUUCAGCCCAACUCCCUAUAAAAGGCCUGGCAACUUAGCACUCAACUGUAUGAGGGGGUUUUUUAUGGAAAAACUGCUUAGUCAAUCAAUUUUUUUGCCUUUUGCAGCAAAUCACGACAACCUCCUCAGAAGCAAAUUUCUUAUGAAACAAGAGCUGAAACAAAAGAUCGAAACUUUCGUGCCAAUGCUGAAGAGCUUGGGUAAGUGGCCUCGUUAGCCUUUUAACUUCUAAGAGUGACUGCUAUCUAAUUUCUCCUACAAUAUCACUCCUGUAUACACAUUAAGGUCAUGAGACUAAAAGAUAACUAACUGGAGAAGCUCUUGAUUGUUAAUCAAAUCCUUACUGUCAGCACCUUCAUUAGGAAAUAUAUAGAGAAAAGUACAGAGAAUGUGCUUACAGAUGUUAAACUGUAGAGGGUUUAAAGGCAGUUAAUAAGCAUUUAGGAAUCAAACUGUUGCACAACUCUGGAAAAUCUACUAGUAUGUUGAUGAAUAAAUUUCUUGUCUAGUAAGGCGGUUAGAUUAUGAAGGACCAAUGAUGUUCUAAUAUUUAAUACACAUAUAUCACAGAACCUAUGUCAAAAGUAGUUACAGUGAUUGCUAGGAUUAAGAAUUACCUUUGAAUAUAACAAAACCUUGACAUAACAAUUUACAAGGAUGGACAAUCACCCAUUUGGUAAAGAAUAAAUGUAAAGAUAAAAGAGUGCUAUAAUGAUGAUGAAGAUUAAAACAGAAAGCUAUAUGUGAGCUUAAAAAUUUUCUGAAGACUAAAUUCUUUAAGUUGAAAUUGCCUAUUGCAUAGAAAGCAACCAAAAGUAUAACAUAGACAGAUUAUUUGUAACUGCAAAUCUUGGCUCUUGUGUAAAGAAAGUGUCCAUUUUUUUCAGUCUAAAUGGCCAGAGAAGAAGCUUUUCAUCCUCACCAGAGAGUGCUGUGGGUCAAGUGUUGACCUUAGCUGACCUUACCCCAGCUGGCUCUGAGCCAAAUCUUUUGUCCAAGGGCCGCAGAGGGACUCCAUUGAUAACUAACUCCCAGCCCUUGAGGUCAUCAUACACAGACCUCAGAAAUGUAUCAACUCACUUGUCACCAAGAGACCAAGAGGUAUACCAAGUGUAUUAUUCAGUUAAAUUUUUACAAAAUGUUGUUGGUUUUUUUUAACACUUUCGCUCAAAGAAGAGACUUUUAUGGAACAUUUCUGCAAUAUCAAUACAUUUUCAACUAGAAAGGUGAUUAGGAUGAAGGAAACAUAAAGUGGGGGAUAUUGUUUCUGUCAACAUUGAGUUUGGAAAGACUUUAUGAUAUAUGAUGUGAAGAACUGAUGUUGACCAGAUGUUUAGGGUGAAAAGAUUAACUUUGUUACUUGAGAGCAGUUUCCUCAUUAGACAAUUUACUGUGGACAAGCACAGACACAGCUCUCAGUGCCCAAGUGCACAGCCUAAAGUGAAGAUAACAGAAAGUUUACUAUUCCAGUUUGAGGUCACUGUAAUCACUUCACAAUAAUAUGAGCUGUAGCUUCAUCAUCAACAGAAAUUUUUGCUCUAAGGGAUGCAUUAUCCUCAAAGAAUCAAUGAUGAGCAGUUAAUUUUAUUUUACUCUUUUUUUUAUCUUAUUUAUUUACAAAUAUCUUAAAAUCUUGUUUCAGCUUGAUAGCCGGUCAUUUGGUAGUGCAAGUGACUAUGACCAUGAUACCAUGAUUAAAAAACUUUCUAAACAGCGCGAGGAAAACUCCCAACUUGUCAACCAGAACCACAAGAUUAUGACAGAACUUGAAAAUCUCAGCUAUGACCUACAUCAGGCAAGAAACAAGGUAAGUUAGCGCGUGAUAAAAUGAUGGCAGCAUUGCUCAAUGUUUAAGAGCCCAGGACUAGUAAUCUUGUGGUCCUCCUGUCUUAGAGUUUUCCAUCCUACAACCCACUGGAUUUGUUCUCAGUUGCAUUGAACUCAACUCAGUAGCUGCAAUCUGUAAAUGGCCAACUGGUCAAACUCCUGCAAAUAAAGAUUUUUCACCAUUUUGCUUCUUUUACAGUCCUUCUGAAGUUAUAGAAACACAUGUGUGUGGAAACUUGAUUUUUUGUUGUUGUUGUUGUUUUUCAGGUAAAGAUUCUUAGCCAAGAGUUAGAUGUUGAAAGGAAAAGAUUCCCUCCUAUGGAAGACAGGAUUGUGAGUUUAGAGUCGGACCUGGCUUCACAGGAGGAUGCUGUGAGGUAAAGCACUGUCUUUUUGAGCACAUUGGUUAUGAUAUUAUCGGUCAACUUUAACAUCCCAAACCCUGAUUUACAGGGAGUCUUAAGGGAAUGUUAGGUUAAGCCAAAAGGAAACUGGUAGUAAGGGAAACAACAUCUACAAAGCUACUUGAUUGUAGGGGAGGUUACCUCAAGUGCAGCUAAGUAAAUAACUAGCCACUACUAUGUAUCAAUCAGUUUGAAGCUUCACUUUUACCUGGGCAAUGUUUUCCACAACCAUCAAUUUUCCCCUUUCCCCUCUUCAAGCACAGGAAAACAGAGUAAGAGACAUUCUGAAAACAAUUGUUUUUUAAUUACAUUUUUUUUUUUAAACUCUUUGGACUGCUAAAGUACAUUUCACCUCUGAACAAAAAUUUUAAUUGUGGCUGUCUUUCAAUGGGUACUUUCUUGUAUUCUACAGAUUUGCAGAACAAACCAUGCAAGAAUGCAGGGAAGAGCUUCAGUCAAAGACAGAAGAACUUAGAAGUGUUCUUGAAUCAGCAACUGCAGCUGAAAAUGAACUGAGAGAAGAAGCAAAAUUAAGGAAGAGGUAAGCAAGAAUCAAAGCAAAUUUUGUCUGUUACUUUUUUUUUUCCAAAGAGUUUUUAACCCCCCAGGCUUUCCAUUGUCCUCUUUUCUCCUGUACAGAAUGUUUCAGUCCAUGUUCUUGCAAGGUCAUUGAAACAAUCAUAGCACCAAAUAGUGGUACUGCCUGAUCAUGGUCUAAGUAGUUAAGCUGUUGUUCAGUUUCUUCUCCACACCUGCAGAUGGUGAUAUCACCAAAUAAUGUAAAAAAAAAUAGUGACAAAAUAAAAUAAACAAUACGUACACAAUGCCUCAACUUGCUAUUAAUAAAUGGGUUCUGUGUACCUGAGAACUACCAAGUUCUUUGCUGACACAGUUUCUUAGACAAACUGUGAUCUUCCUUUCUCAGAUUCUCAGUUAACCCUUAGACUCCCAUUGCAUUGUAAGUGACUAGGAUCUAAUUUUUCCUUACAAUAUCACUCUUGAAUCAAACAUGUAAGUUAUGAUAAUAAAGGAAAUGAUCAUGAACUUAGAGAGCUCCUGAUUAUUAAACAGAUUCUCCUUGUCAGCACCCUAGAAAAUGUGGAGAGAGACGUAAGGAGAAUAUGCAUACUGAUGUUAGGGCAUAAGUUUUCUGUCAUUUGGUGCACGCCUGAUAAUUUUGUGUAAACAAAGAAGUAAAUUCUGUAAUCAUGUGUCAAUAGAUUGGAGGAUCAGCUUGAAGAAGCUCUAAGAAAUGUUGAAGAGCUUUCAGACAAACUCACAGAACAGGAUACCACAAUAAAAUCAUUAAGAAAACAGGUAACCCGCAUGGAGUUAACUUAUUCAACAUUGCUUGAUUUAAAUCAUUUUCAGGACUGGUAGUCACCUUGUGAAACUAGAGCACUUUUUGAUUGGCUGUUGUAAGGCCAGGCUUCAAAGUAGUCACAGCGUCCAAUUAGAGCAAAUGAUAUCUAACAAGGGACCAAUGGGAACUUUAAGUAAAAGCGAGUUAACUCCCGAAAGAGCGGGAAAACGCGAGUGACCAAGUCGUAACUGGUUCAGUUUUGCACUUGAUUGGUUGAGAGGGUGGUGCAAGUUUACUAACCAACCACACAGUGUCCUUAGCAAAAUGUUAUGGGCACUGAAAUUCUGUGGACAGCAGCACCCUCUCCACCUGGAGGCAGUAGCAUGCACGAGUCAGUCUCGUCUGCACACCUCAUCUUCCCUCUAUUUGAAAACAAAUCAGACUUGAAACUAUUUUAAAAUUUCUUAAUACAUAUUAUUCAUUUUUUUUUUUUUCAAUCAUCUUUUCAGCGUUGAGCUGGAUUAUUUGUGGUAUAACUAAAUUUCGAAAGCAUUCUAUUUGUUGUUUCUUAAUUUAUUUCUUCGAUGUGUCAGUUACACGCACAUAAGAUGAAACAGAAAUUAUAUAUUUCAUUAAAUGGUUUGAACCAAGAAUUAACAGUUCAUUGUGUAGUGUUGUCGUCCGGGUGAGAGUAACGGACUGUUUUGGGCUCCUCUGUGACUGACAGUUAGAUAAUCAGAGAGGAUUCGUGAAAACCGUUUAGUUUCUAAUUAACUUAGUUACGUUAUUGUCUCUUUGGUUGCAGCAUUCAGACCGUGAGAGACACUGGAAAGACGUUAGUUCCCAAUCCCAGCGAGAAAGAGAUGAUCUGCUGGAUAGAGAAGCCACUUUACAGGCGCAAAUAACAGACCUACAGGAAGAAAUAAGGUAAGAUGCGUCAAAAUCAAUAAUUAAAUGCAGUUCGUUUGUCUUUAAUUACAUUCUAAUGGCAGUACGCACAUGUAUAUGUGAAUGAGUUUAGAAAGUAGAAAAGGAGGUGCAAACAUAGUUAUCAGUCCCUUGUAAGACACAGUAAAUGUACAACCUUAAGGUUUUUAAAGUGGAAUUUACAACCCCAAAACUACUUCCAAUUUUCAUGUUGAAUCGUCAACAGGGGCACGGAUCUGUCAUUUUUAUUGUCAAGGGCGUCCGAUUUUUCAAGACUAAAAGAAAUAAAUUUUUUCGAAUCUUUUGUAACAAAAUUUAUUGUUUAUUGUUUUUCUUUUCCAUGAAAUCCUUUUUUUUGACCACAUUGUUUGAAUUGUUGCAUUAAUUGGUUUUUCAUCUUAACGUUGGGUCAUUGUCUUGAAAUCGAACCAAGCAAGUGAAAAGCAAACAGCAAUCGUGACUAUUUCAUGCACGUUUACUCGAGCAUGAAGCCAGAAUUAAAUUGUUAUUCCUGAGUUUUCAUUGCCCUCCUCCUUCUGUGAUUCCUUGCGCCUUGAUUGGCCACUGCGAGUGUAAUUUCACUACACCCAUUUAAAAACUGCCCGGCGCUCCCUUGUUCUCAUCAUCUCGGUCGCAAGUUGGGCUGGAAACGAAGAGAAAAAGCUCAUUUCAAAAGGUAGAAACUACAUAAAACUUGUUGGUGUGGGUAUCGAACUCGCAUGGCAUUGAGCACCGAAACUGAUGUAUGAAAUACAGUUUACAUCACGUCGCUUAUAUACGUAAGAUCCGCAAGGAGGUAGCUUUCUAUGGUGUACUGUAAUCUUUUUUGACGUAGACUUCUCCAAGCCGUAGGGACAGCUAAGGAAGACAGUCAGACGUCUAUGCUUCACGAGAAUACCAGUUUGCGAGCCACUAUCUCGCGUCAGAGCCAAAAAAUUGGUAGAAUUGAAAACGAACUAAGAAAAAACGAGCUUUUGUUGAAAGACCAAGGAGAACUACACAACACAGUGGAGAAACAAAAGGAGAAAAUCAUCCAGUACCAGCGAGAGAUCGAAGAAACAAAACUUCACAUGGCCCGAUUAGAAGGAUUAGUUCAUCAGGUUCAGGAACAGAGCAUGAAAGAGCAUGUGACUGCUACGCCCUCUGUGAGUAUUUCUGAGAGGUUUAUUGUAAACUUGUACCGUAACAACGCCAGCAUUGCGUGAACGAGGCAAGUUUUUGCUCGCUCUGAUAAUUGAACGAAAGAUUCAAUACUUCUAUUCAUUAUUUUGGUUGAAGUAGAAUCAUUCCAAAUUUACCAAACUUGUAGCAAGAGACCAGCCUUUUUUCCCGUAAGCCAUUUCGUUUGCUCAAGCUGCUCUUUUAUUUGACAUGGCCGAUACUUUUGCAAUCCAUUUCCGUUGAGACGUGCCUGCCUAGUCUCUAUCAAAAUACACAAAGCAGAUCGCUGUUUGUCGUAAUGUUUGCUUACUCUUCUGUUCUCAGACCAGUGACAGUGGCAUUUGUAGCAGUACCCAGACAAUGAACGGUUACCAUAGCAUUAGUCCUCGCAACAUGGGUAGUUACAUACAAGAUGACGUAGACAACGAACGCGAUCACGUGACGGGCAGCGGGGGAACAGCGAGAGCGGUGAUAGCCGAUCUGAAACUGAAACUGGCAAUGAAAGAAGCUGAGAUACAAAAACUACAGGCUACUGCUGUAGCACGGGCAGCCGCUCAGCAGAAGCACAUAGCGGGUGAGGAAGAUCUGACUAUUAAUUCUCCCCUCUAGCUACUACACAAUUCCUUGUAAGUUAGUUACGAGAAUUUGGUGUUAGAGUAAGAAAACAACUUCUGCCUGGUAAGUUUGAGUAUUCUCAUGACCUGUUUGCUGGAUAAUGUAUGGAUAUUUUAGGGAGAAGUUACCUGUUAAUCAUUUGUGGGAAUUACAGGGUCAAAACUGUUUGGAGGUGGGAUGAGGAUCAUGCAGUAGUCAUAUCAUUUUGAGCAGACACGACGUGAAAUAAGAACGCGACAACUUGCAGAAUCUCUUGGCCUCAAGCACUCCUACCUAUCGAUAUUAACUAUCGAUAUUUGAAGUGGAGUUCAAAUUGAGCAGACAAGACGGACUUUUCAGAGAGGAAGUACCUACCUUUUUUUUGAAGCCUUCCUCCUUUUGUGCGCAAGUUAGGAGCUUCUUGGCCAAAUGCGCAUUGUCCGAACAAACUCCCCAGCCUGGAAGCGCAGAGUGAAAUCAUGAUUGAAGGCUUUUAUAAUUUAAUUCUGAGAACUAUGCUAGGAAGUUUCAUGGCAAUCGGGAACGUUUGUCCUCGUGUUCAUGGUGCAUUUUCGUCUGUUUCAUUGUCAGGUUUAGCUGGUGAUGGUGGUGUUAUGGAUGGUUUGAGAACCGAGUUGUCGGCCAUUGUGGAACGGAGUCGUAUUGGUGAUCGUAAGCAACAGGAACUUGAACAGAUCAUCUCGCGCUUAGAGGAUGAAGUGGCGCGGUACUCGGCUCAAGCCAUUCAACUGGAAGAGCGACUGGCGGACAAAAUGGCGCAGAUUGCGUCUCUGGAGAGCAAGCUCGGUCAGAGAAAUCUUAAAGUGGUUGAUUUACAAAACGAACUGGAAGCAAAGAUUUCAGAGAAUGGAAUUCUACAGCGAGAGGUAGUAGAGUGACUCUGUUGUCAUUGCCUUCUUAUUAAAUGCACAGAAUACCCAUUAAGGCUUUCUAUGAGAGAACCUAAGGCCAUCAGGUUAGCUUUUCCCUUCUGAUGAGGCCUCAUAACGCUGGAAAAGUUGUUUAUGUCUUUCAAAAUAAUAGCUUACUUUUGUUUCUUUUAUUUCUUUGCUUUUUUGCUUUUCCUUCUGGAUGAGAUUCUAGCCUCCAGUCCCCCUGCAUAAGACAAGAUAGCACUUAUGAUCUUGAGUCUCGCUCCCUAACUGUCUCUUUUAUAUCUUUAAUCUUAACAAGGUUCGACAAGCUACGUCACGCUUUAGCACCGUUGAGAGACAGCUAACUGACAGGACAUCAGAAUCGAGCUUACAUGAAACUAAAUUAAAGGAGAUUCAAGAGGAGCUGGAAUCUAAGACUCGGCGCAUCGGGGAACUGGAAGGAUCCCUGGAAGCAAAGGACAUCGAACUAAAGGAAUCUGCCGCACUCGUAGACAGAGUGAAAGCGUUACACGGUGAGCAGUGUCACGAACUGCAAAGGCAGAUAGAGGAGGUAAGAUGAAGAUGAGCAAUGCAUCAUAGUUGCCACGGGUCGCAAAAUAGUUUGGGGAGAAAGCUCUCGAACUUGUCCUUUUGAUGUGGCGUUAAUGUUAGUGCCUUAUUGCUAUCUAGGGGAAAAUGCGACAAUGGAUGAAAAGGAUUCCUAUUAUGAGAGGCUUAACGCUGCUACUGUGUUGUUUCUUUUUUUGUAUUUAUAUGUCCAAAGAUACUUUCUUUUGAUUGUGGAAGAGUCGCAAAAUUUUGAAAUUAUUAUGUUAGAAGCAGUCAUUUGUAAGGAAUUAAUUUGUCACGACGAAAACCCCCAGAAGCAUAGGAUUCAGUCCAGAUGGAGUGAAAGAGCCUAUAAUAUUACUGCAUUUCUUAUAACAAUGCAUAGUGCAGCUAGGCUCGGAACUACGUGGUUGUUUAAAGUAAAAUUUCGUCUUUUCGCCAGUCAUAUGUUUGAAGCUGGGAAUAAAGACUGUCUGAAAAAGACAUUUCUUUUUCAGUCGUAGAUUCAUGCUUUCUCGCUGAUAUUGCAAUAAAAUUGUUUGUAUUCAAAAGAAAAGUUUUCUUUUCUUCAGUUGCAGAGAUCAUUUGAGGAGAAAAAUGCUGUCUUAGCUCAUCUUGAGACUUCCUUGGCAGGUACGACAUCGAUGAGCGCUCGCUUCAAUUCUACUUUGAUUUCACAUUAUAUGUCGCAGAAUCUAUUAUCGGAUUUCCUUUGUAAUAAUGUGUUUUUCGUCACGUCUCUAGCCUCCCGCCAAGAACUGACUCUAAAAAAGUCACUCGGCGAUCAAAUGGAGCGAGCUCUACAGGAACAGAAGAAAGAGAUCGAAGUACGGGACACUCAGUCUGUCCAGCACAGUCAGAAACUGGAAAAACUGGAAGAACAGGCUGAUAAGGCCACACAGCAGGUCAGAAAGAUGGAAGUGUCGUUGGCAGAAUGUCACAAGGAAAUCGAGAUGUACGUGGAGCAGUUAAAAGAAGCUCGCAGUGCACAUGAACAGGAGUUGGAAGAGAAGGGACUAGAGGUGAGAUCCAAGAGGAGUACUAAUUUAACUAUUUAUGAUAGGUGUGUACUAUUCCGGAGAUUCGUAGCAAGGUUCCUAGAGAAACGCUUUCGCUAAAGCCCUGCAAAAAUCGCAUGAAAAUUUUCUUCUUUGCCUGCAGCUCCUAUGAGUCUCUUGGAAUUUAUUUAAGACAGAGGUAAUUGUAACAAGCUCAAUAACCGUAAUCAGUGCCAGAUCCCUUGCAGACCUCUCACCGGCUUGCUUUGACCCAGGCCUCAAGCUUUCUCGCGGACAAAGAAACGUUCUUGCCGACGGGCUAUUAAUGAGAGCCUUCCUGCAAGCUAGAACACAGUUCUCAUGAUUUGGAGAUCAGUGCGGUCAGCCCAAGAUCCCCGCACCUGAUUUUUCUUUAAUGUUGUCUGUCCUAUUUAGAUAUCCAAGCUGGAAAAAGCAUUGCAGCACACGCUGUCAGACGUCCAUCAAAAAAACGAACAGAAUGUUCAGCUAGAAAGUAUGGUUGCCGAUCAGCAAAUCGCGCUACAAAGAGAUCAAGAGAGAAUACGUGAUUUGGAGGAAUCGCGCUCUCACCUGCAACAACAAGUCGCCAUCUUAGAAGAAGAAGUUGCUCGGGAACGAAACACAUCGCAAUUGGAAUCGAGCGACUUACAUCAGAAACUCCAAGGAGCCAAAGAAGAUAUUGACGAAAGAACUCGGCAAAUUAACGAACUUAACUCGACUCUGAGAGAAGUUCAUAAAGACAUGAAACACAGCUCAGCGAGUAUUGUGGAGUUGGAGCAGCUUCUGCAACAGUCCCGAAGCCAGUGUGACAAGAAGACCGCGCAAGCACAGACGCUGGAGCAAGCUCUUAAGGAAACGCGAAAGCAACUGUCCGAGAUGACAAAGAAAAACGGGGAGUUGGAGGAGAGGUUGCGUCAGGUGGAGGGAGAAUUUUCGGAAACGACGGAACAUAAUGCGGAACUGGAUAACGAGGUAAUAUUUCGAUACAUUUGUCGUAACUUCUGUUGGAUGCUGAAGACUCUUAGAAGUGAAAAUACGUGAAGUAAACACUGAGGUUCAUUGAGAUUGUGACAUACAAUGCGGUAUCUAUAGCGCGUUGUUUAAGUUUUGUUUUACCACUCUGUGAUUAGUCGCAAAACCCGCGUCAUCCUAUAAAACAGUCAUACAGUGCGUCAAACUAAAAACAGUGGCGACUUAGUCACUCGUGUGUUUAUGUGUAUGUACACGUGGACCGUAACACGUAAUUACUUUGAGUAUCCAUAUCCACCUUGUAGUAUUUUCCAGUUUUCUGAUCGGUCAAGUGCUGGUGCUAUAAUCGUACCUAUGACGUAAGCAAGCCCAGUUAGUUCUCGGGGAGUACACUCUUAGUCAUUGCUCACGUCGUCGUGAUUAUACGUCUCCCUCGCAGACUAACAUCUUUUGCAAUUGUCAUUUAGGUGAACAAAAUUCAGACCGAAUUACAGGACACAAUAUCCCAACUGAAAUCGCUCCAAGAGGUGUUGCAGACAAGUCAAAAAGAAGUUCAAGAAAAAGAAAAGAAAGUCGAAGAACUGGACAGAAUGUUGAACGAGAGCAUGGAAGAACUACAACAGAAAGAUAAGAACUUGAAAGAGAAGGAGAAUAAAGUCGUUGAACUCGACAAAGCGCUCAAGGAGAGACAAUGGGAACUAAAGCAGAAAGCCGCUCAGGUGAGUCACUGAACGUCACAUUAACAUGAGACUCAGAGGUUCAGAGCAAGUACUGCGAGUUCUUUUCGUGCUGCCGUCAAUGAUUCUUGUGACAAUCAUUUUAAAGCAGAAAACGGAUAAAAUUUUUUUCAAGCGCAAAUGAGUUCUAUGACCUUUUUAUGUUUACAAGAUAACAAAAUUGUUUCAAAGAGGUCCGCAAAUACGUGACGGCAGGUACCUCUUUUCUCUGGCGGAUGCAACAUGAACUAUUGAUUUGACAUCGACUUCUAAUUUGAGGAUGAUUUGACAUGAACUGAAGCUCGCCUAUGUAGGGAUGAAAGCAUUCUCAUCCCUCCUCUUGUACUCUACACACAAAUUUGAUGUCAACCAUUGUACUAGCACUGUACUUCUUUCCUCUGGCAGCUGUAUAAUGAACUAUUGAUUUGACAUCGAGUUACAAUAAUGGAGAACGAUUUGACAUAAACUGAAACUCGCCUUUGUAGGGAUGAAAGCAUUCUCGUCCCUCCUCUUCUACUCUAUAUCCUGAAUUUGAUGUCAACCACUGUACCAGCAGUUUUCUUUGUUUCUAAUUAAGACAAAGCUUCACGUUUUUCACUGUACUUUCCAGGUUACCCAGCUUGAUAUGACCAUGAAGGAACACAAGAGUGAACUCCAACAGAAGGUCAUCACUUUAGAGCAUGCGUUAAACCAGGCUCGAUAUGAACUUAGCGAGAGAGCUGUUGAGGUAAUUAACCCUGAAGACAUGCGUCACUUUCUUCAACUGUGUUACCCUUAAGUUGUUAUUGCCAGUAAAUUAUUUGCUCGAAAUGAGUUUGGAAUCUUUUGGUUGCAACCAAAAAACAUUCUCAGUCAUACACAAAUACUAAUGUAUCCUACACUCUGUCUUAUGCAUAGAGAGGAAGCUUACUAGUAAACUACCUGGAAAAUUGUACGAACUCGUUAUCUGUUGUGGAAAUUUAGAAUAAGAAAAGCAAAGCCCAACCUCACAAGUCGAGCCACGACAGACAAAAAAUUUUGUUACUGUUGUUAAUGUAGUUGUGUUUUAAGCCUUUUUUCUUGGGAAGAACCCCAGCAGGCUUAUGUACUCGACCCAGUUCCCUAGCUCUCGUACAGACAUAUUGAAUGUAGUUGUUGAAAUAAGAUCAGUCAUCCCAGUGACGAGAAAAUGUUAACUUUUUAUAUAUUGUGUACUCCGUGGCGUGAUGCAUUGCUGGCGUAUUAUAAAGUAUUUUGCAGCAUUGAAGGUUUUAUUCCAAGGAAUUAAGUCACAUUGUUGUUUGUCCAGAGAUACAAUCCUAGGUAAUAAUCUACAUGAUUUACACCAAGAAAGUUACCGUUUUUUCGAUUAUAUCGUUUACUAUUGCAGAUUGCCGAGCUUAGAGCUAAACGGGAUCAAAAUCAGGAGCAAGAGAGGCAAAGGAAAACCAGAAUCGAACAUUUAGAGAAGACUGUAAAACAUCAGCAGCAAGAGUUAAAGAAACGCGCUACUCAAGUGGCUGAGUUUGAGAGAGUAAGUGCUGCAUCGUUGUUUUUUCUGUAAUUCACAUGGCAGUUCAACAAUGUUGGUAAUCAGUUAAUCAGAAUUGCAAACAGAAACUUGCCACGGAGCUAGUGGUUAGUCGCUGCAAAGAAAAAUUGUCCAAAGUCGUUUAAGGCGGGAGAAUUGACACCUAAAUAUGCAACCACUGCCAAUCGCGUCGCUAGAACGCGCGAAAGUUUGUCAAGAUUGAUUAACAGUUUGUGAUUAACAGCAAGUAGUUGAGGGAGGAACAGUUUUAUUCAUAUUGUUUGCAGUAGGUCACGCAAUUUUUCGAGCCAAUGGGAAAAUAAUGUCGACUAAGAAUCUCUGUUUCUUUUUGUCACUUAAUUGAUACAAGUGAGACCAACUUUUUGUUUUGGUUGUCAGGAACUUUCGAAGUGGAAAAAGAGACGUGAGGAUUCAGAAGAGACAAGUCAAGAAUUACGCUUGGCUCGUGAGCAGCUUCAAAACACGGUAAUUGCUAGCUGACUUUGUCGAGUCAAUUUUAGGAAGAUUUUUCAUACAUUUUGCCACAGAUCUCUUUAAACCUGGAGAAGUAGCCCUAUUAGGAGCCAUUUGUUAUUUGAAUUCCAUGUUCAAGGAGAGAAAUUUUAAAAGAUACUUUUCUAAAGAAGAAUUUAGCUUUAAUUAAAUUUUUACUUCCAUAGCACGCAGAACUGAUGGAAGCUCGCCGCGAUCUUUUGAAGUGUCAGAGGACGGAACAAGAGCUUAUUCGUGAACUUGAUGACGCGCAUGCACUCUUAAACACGAAGGAGUCGGAUUGUACAAGGCUUGCAAAGGAACUUGGAGCGGCUCAGGUGCGGGAAGCUCAGGCUGAGGCUAGGUGUGUGCAGGAAAUGAGAAAAGCGCAUCAACAGCACGAGUUAAAAGAGGCCACCCAGGAUCAAGAGGUAAAAAAAAUAUGAUAGUGCUUUGAGCCCGUUAUUUUAAAUAACGGCUUACAGUUCGUUUCUGCAAUAAGUUCUACGGGAUCAGAUUAUUUACCAUGUAAUUUUGUUUAUGUUCCUCAGUAAUGCAGAGCUCUUAAGUACCAGUUUACUUGUGGAGGUUACUUCAUUAAACGCAACGUCGUUAAUUUGUAUGAUUAUGUUCUUUUUUCUCGAUUUUCUUUGUGGAAGGUACAACGCCUUCAGGAAGACCACGCCAAAGCACUCGCACAGAAAGAUGAAAGCGACGCAGCUCACCGUAUAGAAAUUCAGAGACUUCAAGAUCAGGAAAGAAGACACGCCCAAGAUUUAGCUCGAGCACAAGAACAAAACGGAACUUUAAUAGAGGACAACAGAAGCUUGGCAUCUCAGCUUGUGUUGUACCAAGAAGAUGCGAAGGCGACGAGUGAGAUGCUUGUUAUAAAAGAUGCAGAGGUAUUUUUAAUGCUCGGUCUUUAGUUGAAAAUGUAAUUGAGUAAACGCUGUACCUGAGGUGGAGUACUCGCCGAAUAUAAACUCCAAGGGCAUAGCAAAUGUCCAUUCCACCAUUAUUUGUGAUCAAACUCCUCUUUGGGAACAAAAAACCUACUAAACUUUUCCUCGCUCCCCUUAUUUGGCUUUUUAAUCAGUUGAUAGCAGCGCCUAACCGCUGUAUGUUUUGAAGCCUCAUUGAACCCUGAAAGCCUUUUAUUACAGCUUAAUGUGAGGAUUUACUUAUCAACCACACUCUUUCCAAUUCAUCGCUAUUUCCUCAAGAUCAAAUAUUUAUUUUAUGAUUGCGGAUUUUCUGACAUCUGUCGUCUUUUCACACCACAGAUCGCUCGUCUGGAGGCCAAAGUGUCCGGCUAUGAGAGAGCUACGUUUGGUACGAAUGUUCGUCUUGACGGAACAGGCCGAAUUACUCCGAGAGGAACUAGAAACGCGUCGCACAUGCGUCAUGUAACCUCACCGAGAACUGUGUCAAAGUCUUCGGCCAGCGGUAUGAAGAAAAGUAACUCGGACCAAAACCUUAAUAACGUGUCAAGCAACAGUACACUAGUGACUUUCAGCCAUCUGGAUACUCAAGACAUGAUGGAAAACCACGCUCAUCCUCAAAUGCCAGGUAUUCUUGUGAGCCAACAUCACUCACACAGUCAGAAGCCGUACUCUUUUCCUCACGACCAGAGUAGAUCGGUACAGUCAAGCUUAGAAACUCUCGAGGGACUUCUUAAACAAGCAAACAUGGAAAUGGCUCGAGAUAGUUUACCUCUGCUUCUCAAUAACUCUACGUCACAAGCCGGUGACGUCACUCUAUCUGCCGCUGACCUUAAUACCACGCAACCGUCUCCACCUCAAAAGGAAGAGCGUGACAGAACUGCUGAGAAAGAUACUAGUGUAAUUGAUGGCGACGACGAGCAGGUCAGCGGAUUGUACGAAAAUCUUCAUGAACAAUUAGAGAAGAAGAAAGCGUCGCUGGGUAUGUCACGUGAUAGGGGAAGCGAUAGUGAUUCUCUGGACCCUGAUAAAUGGUGAGUUAUAUGUGCGACUGACAUUUCUUUUCCGAUUUCUGUCUAAUAUCAUCGCUGAUUUCUGUUUUCUUGUAGUCGCGCCAGUCUUCAACAACGCUUGGCCCUCAAUGAAGCAAGAAGAAAGAACAUAGACCAACAGCUACUGGAAAUGCAACAGAAUGUUGUUUCUUGAGAGCGCCGAUACCGUUUAACUUCUAGGAUCUGAUGGGUGUGUCUCUCCUAAUACAUUCCCAUUGCGGAAGUAGUUAUUUAAAGGAGUUAGUACAUAUCAAUUUCUUCCUGGAAUUUCUAAAAGGGUUAAAAUCGAAUUAUACGGAAAUAAGGUAUAACCUACAUAUUUUAUCAGGAUUGCCACUUUUGAUAUCAUCAUAAGCGUUGACCAACUUUCAGGGAGUUGAACGACAUUUUGCACCGAAUUGCUUCUUGAUCAACUGAAUAAGUAUGGUUAUUACUCUGACGUGUUCUUGCGGUGUAAAUAUGCCACAUCUCAUUCACCAGUCGAUCGCCGUUCAUACGUACAACAAAACUGUUUUUAAUCUUAGUUUCAAUCACAUUCACGCGAAUAGAUAUUUUUAUUCGGAAAGUGUGUGCGAAGUUCACACAUUGCGUAUUCGCUCCCGGUCAUGCAAGUUCUUUGAGGUUUUCGAUCUUCUCCAGUCGAGUAUUUAUAUGGUACCUUUAUGAUUGAAAAAUCCUAUUAAGUAUUUUCAUCGAAAGACGCGCGUUACGGUUCAUUUAGCCAUCCUAACUAGUGUAGCCUAGAUUUUAUGGCUAUUAAUUUGCAAAUUGCAGUCUGUGGUAGAGUAAUUUUGAGAGUGUGGAAAGUAUUCCGAGAUUGUUUUGGUUUUGCUUUACUUCAUUGGGUGAUUUGUCCAGAAAGCCUGCGUCCUUUUCUCAACCAAUUAGAUUAAAUAAAAAUUAAAACCAAUCGAGACUUGGCUCCACGCGGUUUCCCGCGCGUAAACCAGUUUAGUUGUUGUUACUUUGAGUUCUCGUUGGCUCGUAUUAUUUUCCUUUCCUCUAAUUCACUGUUGUUUUACUCAAUACGAUGCACUCUAAUGUGCGUCAUCUUCGUUCUCUUUUGCCGUGCUAUUACCUUGGUGAUAUUUGUUUUCAGCAUCAAAUGAUUUUUUUCGGGGUUUACAUGUUAUUAAAGGUAACUUUCUGUACUAAUGACGUAGUUCUUUAGGGUGACUCAGAAAAUCCUAGUGGCUGGUUCAGAGCAAGCCUAAUUGGUCGACAAUGAAGUGGCUCUUCACCUUCCUUGGAAUUGUUUUUAGAACUCUUCAGGAUGAUCUUACUUUUUGAUUGCAAUUCAAUAAUAUAAAAAGGAAGGCAGUGAAUUGGUGGAGACCUGUAAUCGAGUGCGUUGCUCAGAGGCUUACAGUUGCUUUAAUAACCUUGCAUGUUAGUGAUUAUUUCUCGGUGAGAAAUAAUUAAACAGAUUUUGACAAUCAUUUUACAAAGAAACACGUAAAACUGUGUAGCAUCGCUCUAUCAAAGAACCAUUUUGAGCCACCCUAGGUUUACUCGUCCACUUUAGCCCUCAGUGUGAGUGUACAAGUCAUUUAUGGUUUAUCGUACAAAACGAAGACGCCAUCUUCAGCGUUAAGAAAAUGAAGCCAAAGAAAUGUAAUAUAUUUUUAUGCAUAAUAUUUUGAUAUAUAAGAUAUUUCUGUGGUGAUUUUCGCGUAGACGAUCUGUUUUAGUUGAUUCGUAGAUUAUGGCAGAUGUAGAUGUAAUUGAAAUUUAUUAAAAUGUGGAUGAUUUUG